AUGGAGCCCAGCUGCGGCCCUCCCGAGGCUCUGCAGCAGCAAGCUGCUUCUCCGGAGCCAGCAGAGGCUGAGUCUUCCACGGCCUCAACCGCACCCGCAGCAGCAGCAGCAGCGGCAGCGGCAGGAAGGGCCUCCUGCGGAUGGACGUCGGCGGACAUCCAGAACGGGGCGGAGGCUGCUGCAGCAGCUGCUGCUGCUGCAGCAGCUGCUGCUGCAGGGGGCUCAAGACAUGCAGCUUCAAAGGCAAACCAGCUGCCUGCGGCCUCCGAGGUUUUUGCUGCUUCCGGCGAAGUGCCAGCAGAGGCUCAAGAGCCCAACACUGACAAGCGGGCGGAGGAGGACCACGAUGUGACCACUGGUCCGUUGGCGGCGAACGGCAAGCAGCUGCUGCAGCAGCGCCAGCUGCACAGGAAAGCCCAGGGGCAGCAGCACCGGCAGCACGAAGAGCAGCAGGAGCCGCCGCAGCAGCAGACGGCCGCCAAGGCGGCUGCAGCAAAUACAGGUGAAUCGUCGGAGGCAGCAAGAGGCACGGACAGGCAGCAGCAACAGCAGGAGGCCCAGCAGCAGCAAGAAGUGAUGCAGCAGCAGCAGCAGCAAGGGGUACACCAACAGCAGGGGGAGGUGCCGGGGGAACAGCAGCGCGGGAAACAGCCGCAUGCAAGGAAGACCAGCAGCAGAGCGGACAGCAGCAGCAGCAGAGCGUCUCUGGCAAGCUCAAGCGGCGAAGCAGCAGCAGCAGCAGCAGCGAGCCCAGCAGCGGCGGCUCUCCUAGCGCCAGCAGCAGAGGCAGCAGCAAAAGACACAAACAAAAUCUACACGAUCCAGGAGAUAAUGAAGUAUGCAGUUAAAAGCCAGAGGCCCUUCCACCCUUCUGUACCCCUUGAACCCACCGGCCAAACGGGGGCCCCCCUGGGGGCCCCCCUAGGGGCCCCCCUGGGGGCCCCCGCGGGGGCCCCCCUGGGGGCCCCCGGGGGGCCCCAUGGGGGACCGCAGGCAGCUGAAUCUAUGGGGUCUGCUGCAGCAGCUGCAGCAGAAGUGCAGCAUGUGGGCGGGGCUGAGGGAGGCGGGGCGGAACCAGGAAGUUUGCUGCAGCAGCACGCAGCAGAGGCUGAAGCAGCAAAGGCCUACAAAGGCGACACAGCACCUCCUCGUGCUGCUGCUGCUGCUGCUGCUUCCCCUGGGGCCCCCGCGUUGCAUGCGGGGCCCCCUGCAGCGCUAGACUAUCAUGAGGAAAGGGAAGCCUAUUUUCGCUCGUGCUUUUGCGAGCCAAGCUUCCGUUUGCUGCCGCGCCCAGCAGAAGCUGCUGCUUCCUCUCAGGGUUUGGGGGCCCCGGGGCCCCACGGAGGCUCUUGGAAGCCUCGACAGACCCUGGGAGGCUCUUCGGGACGGUCGGGAGAAGAAGUCCAUUCGGCUCAAGAAAGAGAGGAAGGGGCCCACCUGCUGGGCGCUUUCAAGGGGGGCCCCCAGGGCCAAGGGAGGCGGAAGCUGCCGAGAGCUGCCCGGGCCGCUGGCCCUGCGCCGCUGCAGCCCCGCAUGCAAUUGAAGGAGGCCACAGACGUCAGGAGGGCCCCCCUUCUUGGGCCCUUCAAAAGGGGAGGCAGCGGAGAGAAGAAUUUGCUCAAGUUGCUGCACGGGGGCGGCAGGCCCGUGGGUACAGCCCCGGUGCAUGCUGCCCCCGUGGGGGGCCCCCCCCUAGGGGGCCCCUCGGGGGUGCCUCCCCUAGGGGGUCCCUCGGGGGGCCCCCUAGGGGCCUCGCUGGGGGUACCCGUGGGGGGCCCCCUGGGGCCCCACCCCCUGGGGGGCCCCUUGGGGGGGCCCCCCCUGGGGGCCCCGGCGGGGGGCCCCCUCGGGGGUUUUUUAGGGGAGCCAUCGGCGAGGCCGUGGAAUGCGGGGCAACUCGACGAGCUGCCGGCCUGGGGGCCCGUGGCUUUGACUGCGUGGGACUGUUCCCGGCCUUUUCCGGGAGGCUUUUGCUUCCGCUGUGGGGCGCUGGUGGUGCUGCGAGAAACCCAAUACGUCCUCACGCGCUUUCUCCUUGGUGCGAGCUGUACGUACACCCCAACGCAGUGUACCUGCUGCAUGCAACUGCUGCAGAUGGAGCAGCAGCAGAAAGUCCUCACUCUUUUCUUUUCGAGGGAUCCAGAGUGGACCUCACCGCCGCCGUCCUCCACGACGCUUUGCUGCUGCUCGAAACCCACGCGGAGCAGCAAAAAGAUCCAAGUGCUUCCCCCACUUCGAGCUUUCCCGCUGCUGCUGCUGCCAGCGGCCCCCGGAAGACAGCAGCGAAACCACAGAGUCCAUUUGGCAGCAGCCCAGUUUGCUGCUGCUGAUGCUCAGCAGCAGCGCCAGGCAGCGCGCGAAGUCCCUCAGCGACUGCGGGGGGGCCCCGAACGCUGCAGUCUGCGCGGCGAGCCCUCAGAACCACUGGUCAGGACCACUGGUCGCCGCCGCCGCCGCAGCAGCAGCAGCAGCAGCAGCAGCAACAGCAGCAGCAGCGGGAGGCUCACCAUUGUGCGACACACGAGCCGCCACUCUUGCUUCUCCGCUUCGCAGAAACGAAUGCUUCGGCAGCAGCUCGACGGCUGCCGCGUGAAAGCUCACGCGGCAGCCGUCGAGCUGCUGCCGAAGCAUUCGUUUCUGCGAAGCGGAGAAGCAAGAGUGGCGGCUCGUGUGUCGCACAAUGAACUCCAGGAAACUUUUGCUUCGCAGCAGACGCAAACCAGCCGCCGCUCAGCAGCAAGUCUCGUGCUGCCGUCCAAACCCUUUUUCGAAGACUUCCGAGCAAUUCAUAUUCUCUUUUUUGGCGAAGACGAGCGCCUGUUGGAGCAGCAGCUCGAGGCGCUGCUGCAGCGCGGGACGCCGUAUGUGGCCUUCGACCUCGCGAGACACUCCGAUGAGCUGCUGCUCCACGCCCAAGAGGGCGUGGCGCUGGUGAACCUCUCUUUGGCGACGGCGCGGCAGCAGCGGCGACUACGCAGCAGCAGCAACAGCAGCAGCAGCGCAGCGCCUGCUGCUGCUGCGGAGCUCCCCGCGGCGCUUUCCCAGGAGCUGCGCAGCAGCUUCAGCUUCUGCAUCGGCGACUUCGGCUGUGCAGCAGAAUUGCCGGUUCACUGCAGCACGCGCGAGCAGCAGCGCCAGCAGCAGCAGCUGCAGCAGCAGCAGCAGCAGGACAAGUGGAUUGACUCCGUCUUGGCCUCGUCUGUUGCUGCGGCCCCCACGGAUGCUCCCUACUGCAGAGGGGCUCAAGACUUCUUCCUCGCCUUCAUAACUAAAGCCCAUUCACAAGGAGCUCGUGGCUGCUGGUCCGCGAGGACUCUGGUGACUUCUGCUGCAGCAGCAGCAACCUUGCUGGGCAGGAGCCGCAUAGAGGCUUUGGACGUGGUGCUGGCAGCAACUGCGUGUGGCUUCGCUGCUGCUGCAGCAGCAGCAGCAGCAGGCGACUGCAGCAGCAGCAGUUCGCUGCUGGUCGACGCCCCGUCUGCGGCCGAUGAUGAGUGA